AUGAACGAAGACGAAUGUCGAAAGGAUUGCCCAAAAAUACAAAAAUUUGGAAGGCCUUUAUCAACGACAACCACAGUCACAUCGCCAACUUCCACUACGGCAGCAUCAUCUUCUGAUGCAAGCGCUGCUAGCGAAGCAAGUUCCAGCAGUGAAGCGACAAGUACCACCACCGAAGCAAAUGUCAUUGAUGAUGAAGUACUGGUACUUUGCAAAAAGAUGAAUGCGAAGAAGGACAACUCGACGAGAUAUGCCUGCAAGCGCGAUGGCAAGCACUUCCCAAGGGUGCCUACGUGCGAGCGUCAUUGCAGAGGUCGUCCAGAACUCUGCCGACUCGAUCUUGUUAACAAUGAAGACAGAGACAACACCGACAUCACCAUCAACGGUUACUGGUACGACACAAGGUUCAACCACGACGACAACCACAGAAUCGACUACAACAACUUCUACUGUACCUUCUACAACUAUAACAAGUACUAUUACUGCUACGACAGAUACAACACUACAGAAUUAAAAGAACUUGGAAGGCCUUUACCAACGACGCCGAAAGUCACACCGCCAACUUCCACUACGGCAGCAUCAUCUUCUGAUGCAAGCGCUGCUAGCGAAGCAAGUUCCAGCAGUGAAGCGACAAGUACCACCACCGAAGCAAAUGUCAUUGAUGAGGAAGUACUGGUACUUUGCAAAAAGAUGAAUGCGAAGAAGGACAACUCGACGAGAUAUGCCUGCAAGCGCGAUGGCAAGCACUUCCCAAGGGUGCCUACGUGCGAGCGUCAUUGCAGAGGUCGUCCAGAACUCUGCCGACUCGAUCUUGUUAACAAUGAAGACAGGUUUGUCUGCGUGCGGGAAAGCAACAGGAGCAUCAGUUACGAUGUCCGGAAUCGAAGCAAAUGUGAAGACGAAUGCAGUGAAAAAGAAUUUUGCGCCAAACAACCCGGAGAGUUUUCGGCAGGGACACAAAUCUUCACAUGCAAGUACUACGGUUAUAGAAAUUCGGCAGGGGUUUCUUUUUUCACAAGCAAAAGCAAGUGUCGGGAGGAAUGCCCAGAAACUGCUAUUCUCAGCAGUAAAACUACGGCUAGCAGCGAAGUUAGUACGAGAAAACCAAUGCCACCAUCGCCAUGUAAGUUAACCUAUUCUUAG